AUGGCUGACGGCAACGACAGCAGCCUCCAGCGGCAGCAGCAGCAACAGGACGAUAACAUUGCUCAGCGUGCACAGCAGCAGCGAGAGGCGACGGCAACGACAUGUCAGCCCAGCGGCAGCAGCAGUAGCAGGCGGACGACAUGGCAACGACAGCUGCCCAGGCAGCAGCAGCAGGGCAGCAGACUUGCCAGCGAGCAGCGAAACGCAUGGCUAGCAGCAGCAGGGACGACGGCAACGAUAGCAGCCCAGCGGCAGCAGCAGCGGUAUGGGCGAUGGCAACGACAGCAGCCCAGGCGGCAGCAGCAGCAGGGCGACGGCAACGACAGCAGCUCCAGCGGGCAGCGAAGCAGCAGGGCUGACGGCAACCGACAGCAGCUUCCAGCGAGCAGCAGCAGGGCGACUGGCAACCGACAGCAGCCCAGCGGCGAGCAGCAGCGGAGCGACGGCAACGACAGCAGCCUCAGCGGCACAGCAGCAGACAGCCAGCCAGCGGCAGCAGGGGCGACGGCAACGACAGCAGUCCAGCGCAGCAGCAGCAGCAGGGCGAUCGGCAACGACAGCAGCCCAGCGCCAGCCCAGCGGCAGCAGCAGCAGGGGCGACGGCAACACAGCAGCUCAGCGGCAGCAGAGCAGGCGACGGCAACCGCAGCAGCCCAGGCGGCAGCAGCAGCACACCAUAGCAACGACAGCGCCCAGCGGCGGCAGCAGCAACCAGCAGCGCAGCAGCAGGGCGACGGCAAACGAUACAGCCCAGCGGCGGCAGCAGGGCGGACGGCAAACGAUCACAGCCCAGGGCGGCAGCAGCAGCAGAGGGCGAUUUGGCAACGAUGCCGUUCAGCGGCGGCAGCCCAGCGGCAGCAGCAGCAGGGCGACGGCAACGACAAAGGUAGACCAGCAGCCAGCAGCAGGGCACGCAACGAUACAGCCCAGGGCGGCGGCAGCAGAGGGCGACGGCAACGAACGACAUGGCAGCAGCAGCAGCAGGGCGCGGCGAUUGCCAGCCCAGCAGCAGCAGCAGCAGCGACGGCGACGAGCGUUCAGCGGCAGCAGCAGCAGCAGGGCGAUUUAACGAACGAGCCAGCCCAGCGGCAGCAGCAGCAGCAGGGCGACGGCAACGACAGCAGCCCAGCGGCAGCAGCAGCAGCGCGACGGCAACGACAGCCCACCUUUAGCAGCAGCAGCGAGGGGCGAUGGGCAACGAUUGUCGCCCAGCGGCGCAGCAGCAGCGAGCAAGACAGCAGCCCAACGGCGGCAGCAGCAGUACCGAGCAGCAAACGACAGCAGAGCGGCCAACGACAGCAGCAGCAGCAGCAGCAGCAGGGCGACGGCAACGACAGCAGCCCAGCGGCGGCAGCAGCAGCGAGGGCGAUUUGGCACGAGCAGACCAGCGGCAGCAGCAGCAGCAGGGCGACGGCAACGACGCAGCCCAGCGGCAGCAGCAGCAGGGCGAUGGCAACGACAGCAGCCCAGCGGCAGCAGCAGGGCGACGGCAACGACAGCAGCCCAGCGGCAGCAGCAGCAGGGCCAUGGCAACGACACAGCCCAGCGGCAGCAGCAGCAGACGACGGCAACGACAGCAGCCCAGCAGCAGCAGCAGCAGGGCGACGCGGCGGCAGCAUUGACGACGGCAACGACAGUCAGCCCAGCGGCAGCAGGGCGACGGCAACGAUUGUUAGCCCAGCGGCAGCAGCAGCAGCGACGGCAACGAUACAGCCCAGCGGCAGCAGCAGCAGCAGCAGGGCGAUCGGCAACGAUAGCAGCUCCAGCGGCAGCAGCAGCAGGGCGAUCGGCAACGAUAGCCAGCCUCAGCGGCAGCAGCAGGGCGAUGGCAACGAUAGCAGCCCAGCGGCAGCAGCAGCAGGGCGACGGCAACGACAGCCAGCCCAGCGGCAGCAGCAGCAGGGGCGACGGCAACGAUUGCUACUCAGCGGCAGCAGCAGUAGGGCGAUGGCAACGACUGCAGCUCCAGCGGCAGCAGCAGCAGGACGACUUGGCAACGACAAACAGCCCAGCGGCAGCAGCAGCGAGGGCGACGGCAACGAUGCAGCAGCCCAGCGGCAGCAGCAGCAGCAGGGCGACUGGCAACGACAGCAGCCCAGCGGCAGCAGCAGCAGGGCGAUCCGCAACGAUAGCCAGCCCAGCGGCAGCAGCAGGACGAUGGCAACGAUAGCAGCCCCAGCGGCAGCAGCAGAGGGCGACUGCAGCAGGGCGACGGCAACGCAGCAGCGCAGCCAGCGGCAGCAGCAGGGCGACGGCAACCGCAGCAGCCCAGCGGCAGCAGCAGCACUGAUCAUAGCAACGAUAGCAGCCCAGCGGCGGCAGCAGCAGCAGCAGCAGCAGCAGGGCGACGGCAACGACAGCAGCUCCAGCGGCGGCAGCAGGCAACGAUACAGCCCAGCUGGCAGCAGCAGCAGCAGCAGCAGCAGGGGCGACGGCAACGAUGCAGCCCAGCGGCGGCAGCAGGAGCGACUGGCAACGAUAGCAGCCCAGCGGCAGCAGCAGCAGCAGAGGCGAUCGGCAACGACAGCCGUCCAGCGGCGGCAGCAGCAGGCGACGGCAACGACAGCCACCCAGCAGCAGCAGCAGGGCGACGGCAACGAUAGCUGCUCCAGCGGCGGCAGCAGCAGCAGGGCGACGGCAACGACAGCAGCCCAGCGGCAGCAGCAGCAGUGCAGGCGAUUUGGCAACGAUUGCCGGUCUAGCGGCAGCAGCAGCAGCAGGGCGAUUUGGCAACGACAAGCUGUUCAGCACCGGCAGCAGCAGCGAGCGACGCAAACGAUCAUCAGCCAACUCAUAGUUAAGCAGCAGGGCAGAUUUGGCAAACGACAGCUGCCCAGCGGCAGAGCAGCAGAGGGGCGACGGCAACGACAGCCACCUCCAGCAGCAGCAGCAGGCCACCUGCAACGAUUGCGCAGCCCAGCGGCGGCAGCAGCAGCAGGCAGACUUGGCAACGACAACAGCCCAGCGGCAGCAGCAGCAGCAGGGCUUCGGGAUUUGGCAACGAUAGCAGCCCAGCGGCAGCACGACGGCAACGACACGCAACGACAGCAGCCCAGCAACGGCAGCCCAGCGGGCAGCAGCAGGGCGACGGCAAACGACAGCCCAGCGGCAGCAGCAGGACGAGGGCGAACGCAGCAGCGGCAGCAGCAGCAGGGCGACGGCAACGACAGCCAGCCCAGCGGCAGCAGCAGGACGAUUGCAACGACAGCAGAGCGGCAGCAGCGGGGCGAGGCACCCAGCCCAGCGGCGGCAGUUAACACCAUACAACGAUUGCGACGGCAAACGAUAAAGCAGCCCAGCGGCAGCAGGGCAACGGCAACGAUUAAUCAGCGGCGGCAGCAGGGGCGAUUUGGCAACGAUUGUUCCAGCGGCAGCAGCGAAAGCAGCAGGGCGACGGCAACGAUUACAGCCCAGCGGGCAGCAGCAGCAGGGCGACGGCAAACGACAGCGCAGCCAGUGACGGCAGCAGCAGCAGCAGCAGCAGGGCGACGGCAACGACGUUGCUCCAGCAGCAGCAGCAGCAGGGGCCGCGACGGCAACGACAGCUACACCCAGCGGCAGCAGCAGCAGGGCGACGCCCAGAGCGGCAGCAGCAGCAGGGCUGACGGCAACGACAGCAGCCCAGCGGCAGCAGCAGCAGGGGUCACGGCAACGACAGCAGCCCAGCAGGGGCGCAACGACAGCACAGCAGCAGCAGCAGGGCGACGGCAACGAUACAGCCCAGCGGCAGCAGCAGCAGGGCGACGGCAACGACGCAGCCCAGCGGCAGGCAGCAGACGAUGGCAGGGCCCAUGGCAACGACAGCAGCCCAAAGACGGCAGCAGCAGCAGCAGCAGGGGGCGACGGCAACGACAGCAGCCCAGCGGCAGCAGCAGCGGCAACGGCAACGACAGCAGCCCAGCGGCAGCAGUAGCAGUGAGGGGCGACGGCAACGAUGUUAACAGCCCAGCGGCAGCAGUAGCAGCAGGGGCGACGGCAAAACGACAGCAGCCCAGCGGCAGCAGCAGGGCGACGGCAACGACAGCCAGCCUUCAGCGGCAGCAGGGGGCGCAAACGAUUGCCACCCAGCGGCGGCACGAUACAGCCCAACGCAGCAGCAGCAGCAGGGCGGCGGCAACGACAGCAGCCCAGCGGCAGCAGGGCGACGGCAACGAUACAGCCGGGCAGCGGCAGCAGGGCGACGGCAACGACAGCAGCCCAGCGGCAGCAGCAGCAGGGCGACGGCAACGACAGCAGCCCAGCGGCAGCAGCAGCAGGGCGAUGGCAACGACAGCACCCAGCGGCAGCAGGAAAGGCGACGGCAACGAUACAGCCCUGGCAGCAGCAGGGCGACGGUGCAACGACAGCACCAGGGCGGCAGCAGCAGGGGCGACGGCAACGACAGCAGCCCAGCGGUGGCAGCAGCAGCAGGGUGACGGCAACGACAACAGCCCAGCGGCAGCAGCAGCAGCAGGGCGACGGGGCGGCAGCAGCAGCAGGGCGACCUGCAACGACAGCAGCCCAGCGGCAGCAGCAGGACGACGGCAACGACAGCCAGCCCAGCGGCAGCAGGGCGACGGCAACCGCAGCCAGCCGACAGCAGCAGCAGCAUCGACGGCAACGACGCAGCCCAGCGCCAAACAGCAACAGCCGACGGAAACGACAGCAGCAGCGGCAGCAGCAGCAGCAGGGCGACGGCAACGACAGCAGCCCAGCCAGCAGCAGCAGGGCGACGGCAACGACAGCAGCCCAGCAGCAGCAGCAGCAGCGACGGCAACGCAGCCCAGCAGCAGCAGCAGCAGGGCGACGGCAAACGAUACAGCCCAGCGGCAGCAGCAGCAGGGCGAUGGCAACGACAGCAGCCUAGCGGCAGCAGCAGCAGAGGGCGACGGCAACGACAGCAGCCCAGGCGGCAGCAGGGGCGACGGCAACGACAGCAGCCCAGCGGCAGCAGCAGCAGGGCGAUGGCAACGACAGCAGCCCAGCGGCAGCAGCAGCAGGGCGACGGCAACCGACGCAGCCCAGCGGCAGCAGCAGCACUGGACUGACAGCAACGAUUGCAGCCCAGCGGCGGCAGCAGCAGCAGCAGCAGCAGCAGGGCGACGGCAACGAUUAAACAGCCCAGCGGCGGCAGAGAGCGACGGCAACGAUAGCUGCUCCAGCGGCAGCAGCAGCAGCAGGGCGACGGCAACGACGCCAGCCCAGCGGCGGCAGCAGCAGGGGCGACUGGCAACGAUAAAGCCCCAGCAGCAGCAGCAGGGGCGACUGGCAACGACAGCAGCCCAGCGGCGGCAGCAGCAGGGCGACGGCAACGACAGCAGCCCAGCGGCGGCAGCAGCAGCAGGGGCGACGGCAACGACAGCAGCCCAGCGGCAGCAGGGCGACGGAAACGACAGCAGCCCAGCGGCAGCAGCAGCAGGGCGACGGCAACGACAGCAGCCCAGCGGCAGCAGCAGCAGAGCGACGGCAACCGACAGCAGCCUCAGCGGCAGCAGCAGCAGCUGA